GCUUCAACCCCGUGCCUCGCCGAUUUGCUAGUUGACCAACCCGGGGCCGAACCGCCGGCGCAGGCCCCCAGUCAUUGGCGACGGAGGCGGCGGCCCCAACCGAAGCGGCGGAUUUCGCUGGUAUGCCGGGAAGGCAGGAAGCGGCAACAAGUCCACCAAACGUGGCCGGUAUGCCGCCGGCAAUGCCCUCCACGGCCUCGGCCUCAGCCUCCGCCGCCGCCGUUUCCAAGUUCCUAUCGAGAUGCCACUCCCUCUCCGCCGUCAAGCAGCUCCACGCCCACCUCCUCCAUUCCCACCGCAAUCGCCCCUUCCCAUACAACCAUUUCCUCUCCAAGCUCCUCUCCCUCUCCUCCUCCUCCGCCUCCUACUCUUCGGCCGCCGCCGCCGCCGCCAAUGCUGCCUCCGACUAUGUCCUCCUCCUCCUCUUGUCCCAUCCGGCCGCAACCGCCUUCUCCUACAACGUCGCGCUCCGCUUCUUCGCUUCUUCCCGCCCCGGCACCUCCCUCCGCCUCUUCCUCCGCAUGCUCCGCUCCGCGCUACGCCCCGAUACCUACAGCCUACCCUUCCUCCUCCUCGCCGCCGGUCGUUGCCCGGCUCCCGCUCUCGCCCGCUCCGCGCACGCGCUCCUCGAGAAGCUCGGGUUAAGGGACCACGACCACACCGUCCACUCCCUCAUCACGAUGUAUUCCAACCUAGGAGAUCCCAUCGCUGCGCGCCGGGUGUUCGACGGAAUUCCCCGUCGGGACGUUGUCUCCUGGAACGCUAUGAUGAAGGCGUACGAGCGAGCGGGGAUGGCGGCUGAGGUGGCAGGGAUGUUCCGGUCUAUGGUUACCGAGGGUGCAGUGGCACCCAAUGGGGUGACCGUGGCAGUUGUGCUCGCGGCAUGCAGGGAUGCCGGCGACUUGGCGGUUGGGAGGUGGGUGGAGGAGUGGGUGAGGUCCGCAGGGAUGGAGGUGGACUCGCUCAUUGGAUCUGCGCUGGUGGGGAUGUAUGAGAAGUGUGGAGAAAUGGCUGAGGCACGCCGCGUGUUUGAUGGCAUCAACGGCAAGGAUGUCGUGCCAUGGAAUGCCAUGAUCACCGGGUAUGCGCAGAAUGGCAUGUCAAAUGAAGCCAUUGCCUUGUUUCACAGCAUGAGGAAAGCAGGGGUGCGUCCAGACAAGAUAACCUUGGUCGGAGUCCUCUCUUCCUGCGCUGCAGUCGGUGCUUUGGAGCUAGGGGCUAAACUGGACAGGUACGUCUCACACAGAGGCCUCUACAGCAAUGUCUAUGUGGGGACAGCCUUAGUGGACAUGUAUGCUAAGUGCGGAGAUCUGGACAAAGCCAUACAAGUGUUUAGAAUGAUGCCAUGCAAGAAUAAAGCUUCAUGGAAUGCAUUGAUCUGUGGGCUUGCCUUUAAUGGCCGAGGUCAUGAUGCCAUCCAGCAGUUUGAACUGAUGAGAAAUGAGGAAGGGCAGCAGCCGGAUGAUAUUACUUUCAUCGGAGUGCUUUCUGCUUGUGUACAUGCUGGGCUACUCGAAUAUGGCCGCCGUUUGUUCAAUUCUUUGACACCUCUGUUUAAGAUCGUUCCCAAGAUCGAGCACUACUCCUGCAUGGUUGAUUUGUUGGCACGUGCUGGACAUUUAGAAGAAGCAUGGGAAUUUAUUGAGAAGAUUCCUGGCAAGGUAGAUGCUGUGAUGUUGGGCGCUUUGCUUGCUGCUUGUCGGAAAUGCAAGAAUGUUGAGGUCGGAGAGAGGGUCAUCAACAGGAUUAUGAAGCUAGAGCCAUCAAACUCGUGGAACUAUGUGGUGUCAUCCAAGAUAUAUGCAACCUCGGAUAGAUUGGAUGACUCAGCAAGAAUGAUAGGGUUAAUGAGGGAGAGGGGUGUCAGCAAAACUCCAGGUUGCAGCUGGGUUGAGGUUAAUGGAGAAGUCCUUGAGUUCUAUGCAAGCACUGAACCACAGCAUGGUGCGGAAGAUAUGUAUGACCUCAUGAACACACUAGUUGAUCAGAUGAGACUUGAGGGAUAUGUUCCAAACUUUGAUCUGGUGUAGCACGUAACAGAAGCAUAAAGUCUAUCCUUUUUGAAGGCAAAGGCUGGCAGCUUGCGGAUGACAUGUAUUUGGUUGCAACUAAUACACUGAUUCAACAUUAGUUCUGAACACAGUAAUGCAACACUCGCAGAUGCAGCAGUAAACGCAAUAUAACACAAAGCAAAGUAGUAUAAGAACAGGAACACCAGUGUAGAAAACAAAUUUCAGUACCAUUGCAACAAGUAAGAAUCCAAUUGUAGUGGCUCAUCUCACCAUGUCCUUGGAGCAUUAAGUCAAGGGUGGAUUAAAGUAACUCCAUGGUGUAAGUGGCCUCUAUUAUCUUCCCAGCUGAGGAACAACCGACUAGGUAGUGGGAACUAGCCCAAAAAAAGGUUCCAAGAGCCAAAAGCAGAUAUUCCAUUUGACAACCAUCCAAACUUAAUUGAACAUCUAGACUCUAGAAAGAGAGAAGCCGUAUAAUUUUCGAUAUAGAGUUACUUAGCGUGCUACAGGUGGUCCAUUGCAUUAAGGCGGUUGCAGUUAUGAAUUGAGCAUCUGAGCUUUAGCCUCUAAAAGGUAUUUUACUACAGGAUAAUAUCCCACCAUCUUGUAUAAUGCUGUUGUUCGUAUUGUUCCUCUGCUUCUUUUACCUUGCACACUGUACUCUUGACUUUUCUCUUGUCUUAAUAAAAUGGCAGAGGGCCAGUAGAUUGAUUGCAAAUAACUCCAAUCCAUGAUUGGAUACUUUAAGUUAAGUGUUACUGGAGUUUAUUUGAUUGGUUCAGGGGCCUUUAGUGUCAACAUAUAUUAUCAGAUGCCGCUUGAAUCCUCGUGGAUCUGGUCUCCUGUAAUGUAUUUCAUC